CCAGACCCCACAGCCAGCGGCCCUCGGGGUUCGGUCCGCCACAGCUGACCCCGGAGCUGAGGGCCCGCCCGCCGGGGGCCCCAAGUGCCUCCUCGACCCGCCGGGGUCAGCUCCCCCAUCAGACUGGCACUGGGCUCCCACCAGGGAGAGUCAUGAACGUCAGCAGGCUGCAGGGCACCAGGCUUCGAGACAGAGCACUGAGGGGCAUCCAACUACGAGGCAACGUGCUGGGAGGCCACGCUCGGUCAUGAAGAACUACAGAGAUAUGACCCUCUGCAUGGAGACUCAGGAGCCGAGUAAGACGGAGUUCUGCAACCCUGCCUUCGAGCCCGAGGCCGGGCUGCCCUCUCUGCCAGUGUCGCUGGGGGAGGCCGGGACCACCCCCGACACCUGCUGGGAUGGCCGCCCCCACUGGAGACACCAGCCCGACUGUCGGUUUUCUUGGCUCUGCACCGGGCUGCUCUCCGCGCUGUUGCUGUUACUGCUGGGGCUACUGGCCGCCAUCAUCUUAGCCCAGCUGAAGUCCCCAUCCCCGGAUGGGGUGGGGCUCCCCAGCCUGGCCCCCGCCUAUGGACAGGCCAACACCACGGUCGUCACCAUCCCCACAGCACCCUCCGACUCGGAUGCCCGGGGAGAACUGGGCACCACCCCCAUGCCACAGCCGGGCUGUGGAGGACUCCUGACUGACCCGGAGGGCACCUUCAGCUCCCCCAACUACCCAUCUCCCUACCCUCGCAAUGCCCACUGCGUGUGGCUCAUCCAGGUGGCCCCCGACCGGGUGGUGCAGCUGAAGGUUGAAACGCUGAGCAUGGAGGCCUUGACUUCCUGCCUCUUUGACCGGCUGGAGAUCUCCCCAGAAGCUGAGGAGCCUCACCUGCUGGGGGGGCCUGUGGUCAGGAUGUGCGGGCAGGUAGCCCCCGCCACUCUCAACACCAACACCAGUCGUAUACGUGCCACCUUCGUCUCCGACGGCAGCGUGGAGGCCUCUGGCUUCCGGGCCUGGUAUCGUGCCGUGGUGCCCGGGGAGGGAGGCUGUGCCCAAGGAGAGUUCGCCUGUGACCAGCUCCUCUGCCUGCUGCCCACCUCGGUCUGCGAUGGCACCUUCAACUGUGCGGACCGGAGCGACGAGGCCAAUUGUAGCAGCAAGUUCGUGGACUGCGGUGGGACCCUGACCGAGCUCCAGGGCUCCUUCCACAGCCCCAACUACCCACAGCCGUAUCCGCCCACGCAGAUAUGCCUGUGGAAGAUUUCGGUGCCCGCCGGGCACAUCAUCGAGCUGAAGUUCAACAACUUCAGCCUGGAGGCCGAGGACCAUUGCCACUACGAUUUCGUGGAGGUGUACGACAACGUGGGCAUCCACAGUUCUGGCUUCCUGGGCAGGUUCUGUGGGACCCAGCAGCCGCCACCCCUCACCUCCUCCCGCCACGUCCUGACGGUGCUGUUCGUGGCUGACGACGGGCUCGGCGGCUGUGGGUUCUCUGCCACCUAUCAGACCCUCAAGGCCACGGAAAAGACCUGUGGCUCCGAUCAGUUCUCGUGCCACGAUGGGGCGUGCCAGGAUGCCCAGUGGGUGUGUGAUGGAUGGAAGGACUGUGCCGACGGCAGCGAUGAGUUCAACUGCAGCAGCUACCGUUCCUACCGGCCCCUCGAGUCUGUUUGCGAGCCCAUCCAGGUGGAGGUGUGCCAAGACCUCAGCUACAACGGCACGGCCUUUCCCAGCGUCUGGAUGUCUCUCCCCGACCAGCAAGGGGCGGUGAACGUGCUGAGAGACUUCACGAGCCUCGCCGACCUGGCCUGCUACCAGCCCUUCCGACGGUUCCUGUGCGGCCUGUACGUGCCCCGCUGCGUCCCGGGCGAAGGGGUUCUGCCUCCUUGCCGCCCCGUGUGCCAGGAGGCCGAGUGGCACUGCCAGCCUACCCUGGAGCUGCUGGGUCUCCCCUGGCCCUUCAACUGCAACGUUCUUCCGGAGGCCACCGACCCCACCCAGUGCUCCCAGCCCUGAGAUGGGGCCGGCCAGGGGUGGGAGGGCGGGACCCCCUCCUCCUCCCCGCCCAGGGAGCCCAUCUCCCAGGAGGGAAUCCAGCCCAAUUCCCACACCCGGGAUUUCCGGGGGGGAAGACCCAGGUUCCCCCGGGAUAUUCCCUAAUCCCUCCAAUCCCGGCAUCCCACCCCAUCUCUGCCUCUCCUGCUCUCCCCCUGGCUCUGCCUCUCGAUCCGUCUCUCCCCAUCUCUGUCUCCUCCCAGGCCCCGUCUCGGUCUCUCUCCGUCUCUCCCUCCUCCCUCUCUCCCCCCUGGCCUGGCGCCGGGCGACACCACGAGAUAUUUUCUCAGUUAUUUUCCCGGCCUGGCGCUCUUGGCGGCCGGGAGCCUGGUUUCCUCUGGAGUUGGGGCGGGGAGGAGCGGGUCGGGAGGAGGAAGGGAAGCCUGUCUAGGAACUGUGGGAUUUCGGGGGGGAUCGGG